AUACAUAAUUGAAAUUUUUAAGUAUUCAUGUAUUUAUAUUUGCAUUAGAUACCGAAAAUAGUUUUCUUGAACACUAUAGUAUAAGAGAUCUCAGUUUGUGUCAUGCAAAGAAAUUUUGCUUGAUCUCUGCAAUACUGUACUUCAAUCAUAUGGAAAAAAAGAGACAACACUUCAAGAAACGUCAGAAUGUAAUAGCCUUACAGACACACAACGCUAUCAAAGGUGUCACUGUAAAAUAAAGCAUACAACGAAUAAAUGCACCCAUCGAGUAGUUGGGAAAUUAUGAAAUUCAAAGUCGCAUAGUUCAUUAUCGUUUGGAAAUAAAUAAUUAUAUUAAAAAAAAUUUAAAAUGUUUCGUCAAGUGGUUGCCGCUCUACUGUAUAUUAGGUGUCGUGUGGUUAUCUAUUAUAUAUAGGAGUACUAAAUUUGAAUCCAAUGAUACGUAUAAUAGUUGUAUACGAAAAACGAUUCAGAAUGGAGAUGAUUUGUCAGCCUAGGACAACAAGUAAUUAAUAACUAUAAAAAAAAUACAAAAUUAUUUGAUAGUAAAUCGUUAUUUAACAAAUGAAUACAAAUUUAAACUAAGGAUAAUUUUUUUUUAACUGGCCAACAUUCAAGUUUUUUUUAUAAUUAUUGUCCAUACCUCUGUUGAUGGCCCGCGGUACAACGCUGGGAUGGUCAUCGCCGAUGAUGACACGUUAAAAGCCACGGCACCGAUUCACCUAACUUCGGACCAAAAGUCUCGGAUGGUAACUCUGAUCGACGUCGUCUACAUACUGCUAUUGUUACCGGCCGGCAUUAUGGUGGACCAAAUCGGCCGAAAACUGUCUGUGUAUUUGACCGUGCCGAUAAUGUCAGCCGGCUGGAUAUUGAUACUGACCACUCGGCAGAAUAUACUGAAUGUCAUACCCAUCGGAAAGGAUUGUACGGUCUCAGUUUCAAGAAAUGUAAUAACGGAAAUAAUGCAACACUCGGAUACGAUGACCGUACCCUACGGAUUACCAUUCGUUAACAGAUGUUCUUUGGGUGGAUUCCCGGCUUCAAAAAAUUAUGACUAAGCAAGGUAAAACAGUAAAAUACAAUAUGAUUCCCUUGAUGUUUUUAUUUCAGUAUAAAAUGUAUACAUCUUAUGAAAAAUGUGGGGAAAUUCUAACUAAAGGAUACAGUAGGUCAAAAUAUGAAACGAAAAAUAACACAGCAAACAAAUUUUUGGACAAGCUGGUAUCUAUUUCUGAAAUAAAUGACCAUUUAAGAACAAACCUAGCAUGUCUAAAGUAAUGAAGCGAGAAAUGACGCAGCGAGUAACGAACAAAGUAUGUUUACCAAUUUCAUUGGUAAAUUUCAAUAUUUAUGCUUAACUCGUGCUUGGAACCUACCAAAAUAUCAAUACUAUCAAGUUAUUGAAGUUGAAUACAAUAAUAAAGAACAUUUGUACAUCGUAAUAUGUUCUGCUGGGCCCUAUGAAUCCAAAGGCGUAGGUAAAACCAAGAAAAUCGCAAAAAUCCAGCAGUUUAGUUUGUUUCUUGAGCAAAUUAAUUUGAAUCAACACACUUCUCGUAAUAAUAACACACAUAAAACAAAUCGAAGCUCAAUACGAUAACACAAAAAAAAUAUCGAAGUAUUGUGAUAUUCUUAAGUUUAUGGUCAUGACUUUAACCAAUUAUUAUCAUUUAAAAUAAAGUUAUGCAAAAAAAUAAAAAAAUGCAAUUCAUUGGAUGAACUUAAUAUGAGUGCUUUUAAAUUUUUGGCAAAACUUGCAAAUGAAGAAAUCUUAAGUAUUACAUACAUAUCAUAUCAAAAAAAUUGUCAAAAUUAUAAAAUUGAGAUGUUUUCAAAAAUAGAAAGAGUUAAACCCGUCAUUAUUUGCCUAAAUAGAGGAAAAACACACGAAGAGGCUAAAAAUGCAGCUGCCAAAACUGCAUUAAAAUAAAUAAAAUAUUUCUUAAACUAA